AUGAACAAGCAGAAUUCAGCGAACCCAAUCAUCGGCGAUGAACUGGAAGGGCCCGCAGCGGGAAGGAACACUUCUCUGACACUCAGAAGGCCAGGCUGUGGUAUUUCCGGCGUUCUCUCUUACUUCCUUUCUUCUGCCGUUUUCUUCGGUUUUUCUUUCGGUUUGCUCUUUUUUCCGGGAUUGCCGGAGCAACAAAAACCUUUCCGAAGUCACCGCUUCUCCUUUGUCUUCAAAGCGUCGCGAUAUAACUUGAGGUGGUCGUCGAACACUUCGCCGACGGAGCUGCAAUUUCUUCACGUUGACUUCUUGUCGGUGUUUUUCGAGGAGGGCUUCAACCGGAGUCCGUGGAGACAAAAGACGGCUUACAGCAGUUCAAAUCCUCCUGAUAAGGUCUGCUGUCUAGAUAAACCCGCGAAAACAAUUUCGGCCCCAAAACCUAGGUCCCAAACCCAUUGCGGGGUCCUAUGCUUGUUGUUUGGUAUCACAACUGUUGAUGGACAGCCAAAAUGUGGGCAUUUCAAUAUCAAAUCUGUAAACAAUUCAGUUGUAUGCGAGUUGUUUUCACGUAGUAACAGUACCAAUGCUUUGUUGUCUCCAGGUUGUACGUUGUACCAGAGCGAGUUAUCACAAACCAUUCCUCCAGCCGUCGCUACAACAGCCACAACUGCAGCCCUUACUACAAUAGCAACUGGGGCCUCAGCGUCAACGGCAAAGAUAGCCACCACACAUAAAACUACCACCAUUAAAACCACCAUUCAAGCACCUGUAACCGAAUGCGUUGGACACAACCAGCUCACCGUACUCCCAGUGUCCCUUUGCAUUCUACCCUUUACGUACAAUGGCCAGAUAUACUACAACUGUACCAAAGAAGUCAACAUCAACUCAACCUGCGGACCAAACUAUUUCUACACCUGUCUCGAUAGUUCUAGACGGCUUUGUAUAUGCUCCGAUCCAGAAAACUUCAACAACACCAACCAUACGGCUAAUGUGGAAAUCCCGUUGGAGGUCACGCCCUAUUUGGGCUACUUCAUUUAUGAUUGGCUGGUCAUCAUGCAGCGCGAGAACAGGCUCUACGAUUUUUUCCGAAAUUGGGACACCUACAGGAAUGGCUUUGGAGACUUUCCUAAUAAUUUCUACAUGGGCAAUGAAAAAGUCCAGCAGCUAACAUAUCAGGCCCACCAGCAGGGGAUUCCUUACAAGUUGAGGAUGGAGUACUUCGCAUGUGGGAAAUGGUGGGCAGAUGAGUGGCAAUCAUUCUAUCUUUCUUCCGAGAGCGAUUUAAAAGUCUUUGAUUCAAUUGAGAGCGAAAUGAUGUUUGCUAUCUUACGUCAUUAUGGAAUACCAGUAGAGAUAGUAAAUGCAAUCAAAGUGAUGUACGAUCAACCAAAAAGUCAAGAGCUCAUCGAAGGAGAGAUGUCUGAAGCCUUCGCCAUAACAACAGACGUCCUACAGUAUGAUGUGCCUGCACCGUUCCAGUUUAUAAUAAAGUCAAGACAGCAGAUGAGACACCCGAACAAAAAAUUAACAAUCUCCCAUACAUGGAAGGCGAAACCAGAAGGGCACAACAGCAGUCAUCCGCUAUCAAACAGAGUGCCUAAGCGGUACCGACUGUACGUUGAAAACUACCAAGGCGAUACAGGUCACGACAUUAUGGCUUACAUGAGCGGCUCUCACUACGUCAACUUCUACCAGCACAACACUUACUUCAGCGUUUCCGGUCGCGACUCAUCGACCUACGCAAAUUGCUCGGAUGGACUGAGGUUCGAUGUUUACAGAGAGGACGACGACUCAUUCCACCCCAUCCAGACCAUGCGCAUGAUGAUCAGGCAGUUUUGGUAG